AUGGAAACGCCAAGCGGAAUAAUUAAAGAAAAGGACUUCAAGUACAAUGGAAAAGACGCCGGCAGUUUUCUGCGGUGUUGUGCAUGUGGGGGUUACACGCCUUUUAUAUUCUAUAUCACGUCCAGGGCAGCGCUAGCAGCAGCAAGAAUGCAUCCCAAAUAUAAUUAUUUCUGCGUAGAAUGUUUACCGAAGCCAGCCUCCAACGACGCUAGUGACGCUAGUUCAAUGUACGCUCAAGGCAGCCUUUUAAGAAAUGAACAGUUCCUGCGGCUGUUUGUAGGUUUUAAAUAUUACAACCCAUACUACCAACGGUAUGCGGGAAAAAAUCGUCUAAUCAUAACGGAGGAAUCAAAAAUACACCAAAGCUUUAAGAAAAUGCUCCGUAAGCCGAUGCCUACGGAAGCAAAGUUGGAGAAAAUUUAUAAAUUGUUCCUGCCGGUGCAUCAGUUGAGUUGUAAAAAAUAUGGCACGCUGGUAGAAAUGUACGAUGAACUGCGGCAGAAAUACCGGGAAAUUUCGAGCACCUACCACGAAAUGGAACUACCACAGGAAUUCUUCGACAACUUCGACCUGAUGAUUGAACGUACACCGCUCCAAACACAACAGACGCGAGAUCGUUCGCAGAAUGCAACAGAUUUGGACACCUUCCCAUCGGACUCGCAACAAUUGCGGACUGGAGACUCGGAUGAAGCGGUUGUCACUAGCAAUGCUGUAUCAAUGGAAAUCAGCUCGGAAUUGCUGGUUGACAAUUCGCAAAACUCAGCAUUGCAGCUCACGGUAGUGCCGAGUGCAACGAACUCCGAGUUUGAUGGCCUCCAAUCGCAGCGGGUGCGAGGUGUAGCGAUCGACAUAAGUUCGCAGGAUAUUCGGAAUGUGGAUGAGUUGCCGGUACUUAAUGUAACACCAAGCAGCGGCGAAUUGUCCUCUAUCUCCUCAGUACUGGUGGCACCCAGCAGUAAAGAGUUGCGGGGAUACAGUAGCUCACAGGUAGCUGGACCAAGUGGUUUGCAACGGCAACGUGAGGAAACGACAACAUUUCCAAUACCGAAGCGGCGCCGAAUUUACUCCACUCCCGUCAAUCCUUCGCCCAAGGAAGUACAAUCGUCCCGGAGCGUGGAAGUACGACUGCCCCGUUUGAACGGAGGAUAA